AUGGGGCCCACACCCCGGGCUGAUCUGCAGGGAGCGGGUGCCAGGCUGGAGAAGGUGGCAUCUGAGGCCGUCUGGGCUAUGCCGCAGAGCCUGUCUAUCGCAGCAGAAUCGCUGUGCCCCCUCCGCCCAGCCUUGGAGCUGGCCUGCUUUUGCCACCGGGGCCAGGAGAGGCAUGGCUCUGGCUCUGGUGCCUCUCACCUGGAGCUCCAGCCUCAUUAUGACCCCGCAUCUGCUCGCGUGGCGGAUUGCCGUGACACGGCCUGCGUGGGCGGCGUGGGCUGCCAGCCUCGUGCCCGCGUGUGCGAGGGUGUGGCAGCGCCUGGCUCAGGAUUCGGUGCUGAGACCGUGGAGAACUGCGAGACCUUCAGCAGCCUCAGCUGCCUGAGCUCCGGGAUGGAGGGCCGCAGCCCCCACAGCCCCUUCCCCCUGCACGUCGGCAGCACCAGGUCCUGGGCCGCCUUGCUCUCGGCCUCCGGUCCCGGGGGCAGGACCCCCGCCGGGACCCCCGUGCCCGAGCCUCUGCCCCCGUCCUUCGACCACCUCGCCUGCAGGGAGGAGCUGUGCUGCGAAGAGUCGGAUGGCUGCACCCCGGACGAGGGCUGCGGCAGGGGGGGCGAGCCGGCCUCCGCCUGGCGGGACCGCGGGGCGGCCCAGAGCAGCCCCUGCUCGCUGGAUGGCGAGCUGGACAUUGAGCAGAUAGAGAACAACUGAGACGUGGGCCCUGGUCGGGGUGGGGUGCGCUAGGAUCCACAGCCUCCCUCCGGGCACUCGGGCACUUGGAGGGGGAGCCCCACUCCUGGGCCUGGAAGCUUUCUGGAAGCCGUUGGCCAGGGAGUGAGCCUGCCCACCCCGGAGAG